UAUGCUGCUUUGUUUACAUUUGAACGAGGUAGUGCUGCAUUUAAAUCAGGGUGCAGACAGUUCUGCACAGUGUCUUACAGAUUUCAACAAGACAACAGGACUACUUGAAAGUAGCACGACAUUGAGAUUAAACUAAACCUCAACCUUUCAACAAAAUCCACAGAACCCAAGAUUUUUGAGACUUCUGGGACAAGAUCAAAAUGAACUUUCAAAGUUCAUCCUCGUCUUCAUCCUCAUCCUCAUCCUCAUCCUCAUCCUCGUCUUCCUCCGAGGGGAGUAUCGCAUGGCAGGGUUUCGAAUUGACAACAGGCUACACGUUGGUGAAAGAACUGAGAGAUGGAGGCUUUGGAAGAGUGCUGGACUGUGUGAAAAACAACACUGAAGAGCACGUGGCUAUAAAGAUGCCCACAUGGAACAAUCUAGACCAUGAGGCAGAAAUCCUGAAAAAGCUCAUGAGCCACAAUUCAAAGGAGUCCAACAUCAUUGAAUACAAAGGAGACGUCUUCUUCGAAGAUACGCGGCUCCUGGUGCUCGAGAAAUUGGACAUCGACCUGUGGGACUACGUGGAGAAUUUCACACAGCCAAUGCGACUGGAACACGUCCGUACAGUUAUUCAGCAGAUGGCUGUUGCUUUGAAUGCAACAAAGAGUGCUGGCAUAAUCCACUGUGAUGUGAAGGAGGAUAACAUCAUGAUGGUGGAUCAUGUGAAGCAGCCCUUCAAAGUCAAGCUGAUUGACUUUGGUUUGGCCAAGUACAGAUCCGAAGCCCAAGCAGGAGAGCUAUUCCAAGUACUUGAAUAUAGAGCUCCAGAAAUCACCCUGGGCCUGCCGUAUUCAGAGGCCAUCGACGUUUGGUCCUUAGGCUGCGUGAUGGCCUGGAUGAUGACUGAAGAUAGUCUCUUCGGAUCAGGCUCAGACUCGGAAUACUUUACACUCCGACGCAUGAUCCGUCUGCUGGGUCUGCCGCCGCAACAUCUCAUCGAUGCUGGCCUGAGAUCGCAAUUAUUUUUUCAGAAAAAGUCUGAUGGUUUGUGGCGGCUGAAGACACCUAGAGAGUAUUUUGAGAGCGAUCUCGUCCACUCCGACCCCACGGUUUACAAGUUGGACUCUCUGGAUGAAAUGAAAACGGUGUAUUCUGAGACGGACAACCCAGCAGAGGCUGAUGAGAGGAGGGAGUGCAUCGAGCUGCUGAAGGCGAUGCUUCAGUGGGAUGAGGACGACAGAAUCACCCCCAGUGGUAUCCUCAACCAUCCUUUCAUCACCAAAAGCUACCUCAACAGCAGCUCCCCCACCAGGAGUUGCGAUGAACCGAAACCCUCCACCAGCAAGUUCAUCAUGGUUAAGCCUGCAGACCCAGUAAACAGAAUUAACCUGACAGGCUUGCCCGAUGAGGACGAUGACCUUAAGAGCAGUGAGCACGAGGACAGUGAUGACGCUGACACUGCCGAAGACACCGAGGACAGCAAGGAUGGUUAUGAUGAUGAAGACACUGAAGUCAAUGAGGAGCAGAGAAAGACAAUGAAGAAGAACUGCUUCCAACGUGUCUUCUCUUGGAUUAAGAAGAAGUUCUGCUGCUGCUGUGUGUCCGAUGUGAUGAACUGAGCAGCAGUGAUGGACUGGACUAACAUUUCGGACUCACAGUUCCUGACCUCAGAAUCCUUGGCUGGCUUUCUUGUUCUCUUGUGUUUUGAUCUCAUGACUUUUCUGUAUCCCGUUCUCAGUCUUCUUUCCCCUCACCCCAACCGGUCGAGGCAGAUGGCCGCUCUGUCUGAGCCUGGUUCUGCCGGAGGGUUCUUCCUGAAAAAGGGAGUUUUACCUCCCCACUGUCGCCAAGUGCUUGCUCAGACAGGGAAUCCAAAGGAAAUUUUGGAUUUGUUGGGUUUCUCUCUAUAAUUUUGUCUUUACUUUUGUCUUGAGAUCACACAUUUGAACUUGUAAAUAAAAUGGAUUGAAAAUGAA